AUGCCUGCUGCUGCUGCUGCUGUCGAAGGUCGACUCACGACUGCAACAUCAUCAUCACUCCGGCCCAGGUGUCGCCGCCGACCACGGCCAACAACAGCUCUAGCAGCAGAGGACAGCGAAGCUACACGAUCAGCAAAGAAUGGGUGGGAGGGAAGUUUGUUGGAGCUUGACGUGGUUGAAUAUCGCAGCGGGCCUGAUGACGAGAGCAGCUUGGAGCUCGCGUCAUACAUUGGAGAAGGGAAGUUGCAACCGCUGCUAACCCGGACAGAGUCUGGCCCCAACCUGUUCUUCCACGACGAAGAGGCGCAGCCCGUGUCUUUGUCGGGCGGGUCGUGCCGCAUUGUGCGGGUGCUAGACGAGGUCUACUUCAGCCAACGCAUCGUGGAAGACAGGGUCAAGAACCCUCAUGGCGAAGAAGCUGAGGAUUGUUUCUUGCUGGAAGGGAUCGAUCCGGCUACCGUGAUUCGUGUGGAGCACAGCCAAGACUGACGAGUAACGCGGCGGGUACAUCGCCAUCCAACUUCUGCCGAUUUUAUUGCUGUGGACUACUUCAGUAUAUGUUUAUGUUCGGAGCUUGGCGUAUGAUGUUUUCAGGCGUUGUUUUGUCAAGACUCUUUCAUUGAUCAAUGAGUAUGGGUGGCGUGGCUUUUUUUCGCGGAUUUUAGCUUACGAGACCUCUUGAAGUGCAGCAGCAGCAGUGGCAGGC